CUGUCCUCUAUUAACUAUGAUUAUAUAUAGAUGAGCACACACAAUGUAGGCCACAGAAAAUGUUACAUCAACCGCUCUAAAUGAGCUCAUGGAUUAAUUAAAAGAAUGCAAAGGUAUUAUACUGUCAUGUCAACUAUAUUUUAUUGUUAAAAUGUAUUUAUUUGACCAAUUUGAGAAUGUUUUUAGAAUAGUUUUGGUUGACUAUUUGAAAUUUGUUUAUAAAAACCGUUAAAAACCCGCAACACCUGAUCAUUCAUUCUGAGAUUGGGCCGCUGUGGUUAAAAUUGCAGAUAAACUCAUAAAAGCACAUUGUUUGCCUCUAGAUUGAACACUAAAAAGGUCAUCGCCUUGAUGUAUUUCAGAAGAAAGAAAUAGAGCCAUACUUACCUGAAUUUUUCCGAAAAUUUUCGAUAACUUGCAUCCGUAUAAAAAGCCUGUAUGAAACCAAUUGUAAAAUCUUGAUUCUUGAGCACAUGGAGUUGCGUGCGCAACACAAAAUCUUGUUUCUGACCGCUCCCCUCAUUUAACAAACGUUCUCGAGGCUUAAUUUUCCCCCCGGAUUACGACAUCUUUACAUACAUACAGACAGACAGACACAGGAUCAUAGAAUAUAUAAUCGACCAGAAGUCUCACUGUACACCUUUCCUUAACAUUUUCGUGUCCGCGAUUUUCGCCUUGCGGACAUAGAAUAUAUAAUCGACCAGAAGUCUCACUGUACACCUUUCCUUAACAUUUUCGUGUCCGCGAUUUUCGCCUUGCGGAUCACGAAUUUCGCACGCUAGAUGACGUGUAUGACACUUGCUGCGAACAUCACGUCAGCGUUCGUCAGCAAAACGGUUAAAACAGCAAUCUUUAUUACCUGGUAAUGGCAAUUGAUGGCGUAAUUGCUCGCGUUUUAUGGCGUGGAUUACACUUGCUGGCUCGCGCCUGCGCAUAAAAAAUCUCGGACAUAAUUUUGGCUGAGUGAGGCUUCUGGUCUUAUUUUCUAUUCUGUGUUGCGGAUCACGAAUUUCGCACGCUAGAUGACGUGUGUGACACUUGCUGCGAACAUCACGUCAGCGUUCGUCAGCAAAACGGUUAAAACAGCAAUCUUUAUUACCUGGUAAUGGCAAUUGAUGGCGUAAUUGCUCGCGUUUUAUGGCGUGGAUUACACUUGCUGGCUCGCGCCUGCGCAUAAAAAAUCUCGGACAUAAUUUUGGCUGAGUGAGGCUUCUGGUCUUAUUUUCUAUUCUGUGACAGGAUCGAGAUCUCGACAAUACAAAACAAUACAUAGAUCGCGCGAAAGACUGGGUCGAGUGCAGUGCUCUCACAAUCAAAUUUUCGAAUUCCUUAGAAAAAGCUCGAAAAUUCCUCAGAUUUCCUUAAAAUUCCUUAAAUUGGUAAAAUUACUACAAGGCCUGAUCACACAGUUGCAAAAAGUGUGUUUUUUUAACCUGAUUUACCUGAAUUUUUCGAACUGAACGUUCUUUAAAACCGUAUUUUUUGAAAAUUUGAAGUUUCUAGACCGUCGGAAAUGGCAUUUUUAGAGUCUUUCCUACCCAAUAUUUUAGUAUUGCCUAACAAUGAAGAUAAGUAUUGCUACUUUCAGUUUAUAAUGGGAAAUUGAGAAAAUUUUGGAAAUUUGGAGUCUCCAGAUCGUCAGAAAGGGUAUUUCGCAAUUGUCUCCCUGCCACAACACGUCUCAACGUCUUUAGUUUGUUUGAUUGUUAACUCCAAUUCAGAUUAGAGAGUUCACUUUUUUAUGCCCUGACUGAAUUACCUGAAUUUACCUGAAAAUCUACAGGAUAUCUACCUGAAAUUGUUCAUGAGCAAUAUUAGGGGUGUUGCACCCUCUCUCCCCCCUCCCCCGGUCGCUAGGGCCCUGAGAACUUAGAAAAUCUGUAGAUUUCAGAAGAAACAGCAUACACUGACAUUUAAAUUUUGAGAAUUUUAAUGGAAAGACAGCCAUAUGCACAUUUACGACAUAGAGAACAUACGAAUAUAUGUAAUUAUGUGCAUAUAAUGUUGCUACUUUCAAGUUUAAAUCUCAUUUGCGUGGCGUGGUUAUUCUCCGUCAAAACGUUUUUAGUCCAGGAUAAAAUGUUUUGGAAAUUCCUUAAAAAAAUCCUCAAAAACCUAAAUUCCUUUAAAAAAUCCUUAAAACUCUUCAAAAUUCCUAUUUUUAAGGAUAAUUCCUUAAAAGUGAGAGCACUGGUCGAGUGGACUCUGGAGAAACACCGCGUAGUCAAGAAUAGUGUGCUGCCUCUACGAGGCAGCAAUUAAUUUAUGAGUCCGAAAUCAUUAAUCAAAUGAUGUUAUACUUAUGUACGUAAUGAACUUCACUUCAUCAUUUCUUUCUUUUGCUAUGUUUGGUACUAUGUAUUAUAAUUUAUCUUAUUGAUCUUCCGAAAUAAGUGAUGUUUUGCUUGAAUUCAGGGCUUGAAUUUUAUGGCACUUAUACUGUAGAGGGAGAACAAAAUGCUGUGGAUCAUUGCGGGAACGACGGCAAUUUUUUGCCGUGUUGUAUAAUUUUUAAACUGCUCACUGUGCAUUACUAUUUUGAUACUUGAAUUUAGAUGUUGAUCAAAUCAUCCGUAGAUUACUAUUUUAGUCUCAGUUUUCUUCGAAAAAAACAACACUAAAGAAAUACGUAAACAUGUUUCUAGCUUGUCAGCAAUCCAAAGUAACAAUAAAAUUAAAUUUUUAUUGCAGUAAUUUAAAAAAAUGCCGUGGAAAUUGACAAAAUUGUCGUAGACAGCUGUUACAUUCUACGGCAAUUUUUAACGCCAUUGCCGUCGAUUGAUUUCAGGGAAAUUUGAGGCCAACUUGAAUUCCAAUUGUACAUUUGUAUAUAAAAUUUUUCCUGUGACCAGACGAAAAGUAGCCGGCGGUAAAAGUUCAAGUAGCCGGCGGAACUCCGCCGGCUUAUUCUGAAACCCCUGAGUUCGCAGUUUUAAUUUCGCUACCUACACUGCCAUCCAACGUUUAAAGUGCACCUAACCUCAAUUCGUUUUUAUCAUCUCAUUCUUAAGAACUUCUGAAAUGAUAUAAUAACUUAUUUUGAAGAUUUUCGUUUGCUCGUGUUGUUUCUGAGAUAUUUCAGUUUGUUUGGUAUGUAAAUAUCCGGAAUUUACGUCACAAAUACAUAAUGAUUUCAUUAAACUGAAAGCUUGUGCAUCGUAUUCACUUUAGAGUUUAAUUCAUUAAAAUGAAAUUUGGAGUUCUGGGAGGAUUACAUACCUAUGUAAAACACCAUUUAGCUUUUUUAUUUCAUGAUAUUUAACUGUACCUUACAUUCUUUGAUCAGUCAUUAGAUGUACGUUCCGGACUUUUGCAUAUCAAUAAAACUGAAAUAACUCGGAGACAAAGUGUGCAAACGAAAAUCUUCAAAAUACGUUACAAUAUCAUUUCAGAAGUUCUUAAAAAUGAGAUGAUAAAAAGAAUUGAGGUUAGGUGCACUUUUAAGAUUUUAUUGCCUGAAAGAACGAGGAACUUGCGUAAACGUGGACAUCACUUUAUAUUUCCACGUGUUAGAACCGAACGGUUUAAACGUGUUUUUCUAAGCAGGCGUCUUUUUUAUCUAAUUUAGGUCAUGCGCCUUUUGGAACUAUAAUUUUAGAUUUUCCUGUUGCCCGCCGAAAGUAAAGCCUGGUUGUUCACACGUAUAUUAAACAAGUACCGAGUGUAUUAUCGCUCGUGUGUGUGAGAUAAACAUAAGCACAAGGAAAGGAAAAGUUUGUUUUCCUUGUGUUUAUGCUUAUUUCAUCGUGUGAACCAGGCUUAACUGUAAUAACUAAUAAAUGUAUGCGUAAUAGCACCAGAAUACACGUUUACGAAAAGUUGCCUUAAUUGGCUAUAGAGCCUCGUUUUCGUCAUUGAGAGACGUUGGGUUUUAACUAAGGUCACAUGGAUGAAAACGAGGUUCUGUAGCCAAAGGACGUACAUUCCAGAAAGGUGUAUUGGAACACUUCACUUGAAAACGAUUUAUUUCCCUGGAAGAAGAUCAUAUAGACAAUGUCCCAUAAUGCGCCUGUACAAAAAUCCGCACAUAGGCGCACACGCCCCUCCCUCAGAAUAAACUGCUUAAAUACGUACGGUUCAUAUUCAAGAGAAGAAAUUGCGUAAAUUUUAGUACAUGCAAGAUCCAAACCAAACGUUCAAGCCCAGAGAGGGACGGGGGGAGGAGGUGUGAUACCCCCAGAAAUUUUAUUCGGAGAUUCAGCGGGCAUAACUGCUAUAGGAGCUUCAGCGAGGGCAGAACUGUAUCAUUGAACAUCUUUAAAGAAUAAAGAAAAAGCAAUCAACACAAAAUGAACAUUGCCAAUAUAUAAUAUAUAUAUAGCCAAUUUUCAACCUUCGUAUAUCGCUGGCCAUAUUCUCACCGUCAUUUUGUGUUGAUAACGAAAAUCAGAUUGAUUAUGCAGCGAUUGUGACAUAUUUUGGUGGGGUAUUCCUGGGGUCAACCCGGGAAAAUUUGGGAUCAAGUACAGAAACGCCAUUUUCUGUACUUCUUUGGGCAGUUUAGACCAUUGAUUGAGGCCAAUCUAGCAAGUACAUAAAUCAGUCUAAAUGACCAUGAUUGAUAACUAAGACCUAACCUUCUCCACAGGUAUCUCAUGGUUCACUUACUUUCAAGUCGGUGAGCAAAUUUUAAGGCGAUGCCUGCGGAGAAGGCUAACUAAGGCCCAGUUUAGACUGCGUACUUUUAAUGCAUCGCGUCUAAAUCAAUUAAUUGUUAAUAAAUAGGAAAAUUACAGCUCGAAUGGGCAAACCGAAGCUGCAAUGAGCCGCUGGUGAUCAGUUUUGAUUUGGCUUGGAUCCAAAAUACGCAAAAGCGGCCUCGGUUUGCCUGGUCGAGCUGUAAUAUUUGAAUUACCAAAAAUUUCUGAAAAAAUCCGCCAAUGUGACCAAAAUCUAUGGGACCGGCUAAACGGAGAGUUAUGAAGUGGAGAGUUAUCUUAUGAUUUCGGAGAGUUAUGUUCGAACCACGCCCAAACCACGCUCACUUUUCCCAACGACCACUUUUCCCAAAUUAUUGUGAAUUUACUUUUUUCUCAAGUUUCAGCUUUAACAUUUCACGCUAGUAGAAACUAGUUGUACUUUAGUACUUACAAAGUGAAGCGAGUACGAGUGAAUAAAUUAUUACAUGCUCACUUGGAUUAUCUACCAAGCCCAGCAUUCAGAUACAGCUCUCGUAUUAGAUAGAACCAGAAAACCUUUCCAAUGUAAUGCCCUAUUGGCUGAUCUGGAAAAGUAUUUCCAAAACCUGAAUUUCUGAAAGAUUCAAUUUUUUCAAUUUUCUUGCAACUACUUACCGUAUUUACUGCCAAAUACACGUCAAAGCAUGCUUCUGGGGGUACUUUGACCCUUCUGAUGCAAGCCAUCUCAUUGUUUUGACCGAGUCAAGUUGUACUAUUUCCUGUUUGGACGCACGCUAUUGACACGCUACAAACUGAAAUACCAAAAUAUAAGAUGAAAAUCUGAAGAAACAAGAUUUACUAAAGUUUUCUCAAAAAACUGACAUAACUCUAUAACAUCUUCAUAAUGUUAACGAGAGAGCGUUACGUCAAACAUAACUCUCUCAUGUUAGUUCAAGGAAACGUCGGGAGAGUUACGAAAUUGGGUGUGGUCUCGGGGAAAGUGGGCGUGGUUUGGGCGUGGUUCGAACAUAACUCUCCGAAAUCAUAACUCUCCGAGAUAACUCUCCGGUUGAUAACUCUCCCUUUAGACAUACCCAAAAUCUAUCACACCGGCUUCUGUGCAAGCCUUAUAUAAAGUAAUGCAUUAAUUAACUGACCCAUUCAUUUAAUUUGCAGGCUCAAAGUUGCAAAAUUUUACAAACUUUCAAGUUUCAAUCACUUUUUUAAAAUAAUAUUGAUUUCGAAGAGGAUUUCGAACUUUUCUCGUCUGUUUCAACUUUGUUUUGGUAAGUUGUCAGUUAUGUGUUUUAUUCGAGGUUCUAUUUCAUUGUUGGUAUUCUUUAUCGUAAAAUAUUUGUAUUGAAAAACGUUUUAGAACAAGAACAGUGGGGUCCAAUCAUGGCGAGUUUUGGACGUAAUUUUAUGAACCAAUAUUAUAAAAGAGCAAACAACGUGCGAGCUUUCCAGGAAUUAUUUCAGGUUUGAUGAUAAAAUACUUUAAUAGUUUAAGCUGCCAGGAACUAAUGUACAUGUAGUUCAUUCUUAGUCGGUAUGUGGGAUUGUGGGGGAGAGCACAGAAGCCAAGCCCUCCAGGCAAGGGCGGAUUUUCAUAUUUUCCUCUGGGGAGGUGCAAAAAAUUCAGGGGUGGUGGUGAUGAUCAUGUGCAGGGGAGGAUCCAGGGUUUUUGAUGACCGGUUUACUAGGUUCAUCCAAUUAAUAGGGGGGUCCGGAAAAAUUUUAAAAUUUGGGGCUCAGAAACAGCAUUUCCUGCGUUCUGGCAUCACUUUUAAAAUUAAUUUAAUGAUUAGAAAAUGCAUGUUUUAAGUGAAUUUUUGACUAAUACGCAGCUCAAACAAUUAAUUGAACCUUUUCCGAAGUGUAUUAGCUAGUGCCUAGUGACAAAAUAUAGGAUCUGCUAAUGGACCUUUCCCCUUAUAACUAAAAUUUCGAUCUAGACAAAAAUUUCAUCACAGCUUCAAAGAGCAUCACAAAAUUAGUAAUAUUCCAAAGUUUUGUUGCAAAAUCUUGUAAAAUGCGGAUAAUAUAGCCUUGCGAAGUUUGCCAUAUUUUUCAGUCAUUUUGUAUGGUGACUGCCCACUAGUCCGAAGGUUCACUACUCCGAAGGUUCACUACUCCGAAGGUUCAUUAGUCCAAAACAUACGCUGGCUUUGAAUUGCAAUUGCGUGUUAGACUUGGCUGCUUCGCAGUUAAGCAUUUUUCGUACCUGCAUAUAUACACGCACGGAAAAAUUUAAAUUCACUUGAAAGUCUUUUGUCCAUUUAAGAAAUAAUUAAAUGAAUAAAAGGAUAGCAUUUAGUUUUGUGUUUGAUUUUAAAUGUAUUUUUUAAGUAAUUGUAUUACUUAUACCGGUAUAAAAUUUAGAAAGACUUAAACUUUUCCGAGUGUAUAUAUAUGUACGUGAAAAAUGUGCAACUUGAAAGUCGCAACUUGAAAGUCGCCGCGUAUGGUCAUUGGACAUUUAAGGUUGCAUUUUUCACGUACAUAUAUAUGCCCUCGGAAAAGUUUAUAAAUCUUUCUAAAUUUUAUACCGGUAUAAGUAUAAUAAUUACUUAAAAAUAUAUUUAAAAUCAAACACAAAACUAAAUGCUAUCUUUUUAUUCAUUUAAUUAUUUCUUAAAUUGACAAAAGACGUUCAAGUGGAUUUAGAUUUUUCCGUGCGUGUAUAUGCAAGUACGAAAAAUCCUUAACUGGGAAGCAGGCAAGUUUAACAUGUAAUUGCAAUUCAAAACCAGCGUAUGUUUUGGACUAGUGAACCUUCGGAGUGGUGAACCUUCGGAGUAGUGAACCUUCGGACUAGUGAACCUUCGGACUAGUGAACCUUCGGACUAGUGAACCUUCGGACUAGUGAACCGUAACCAUUUUGUAUUACAAACGGGAAAUUGACAUCCGAUUCGGGUGUUGGGGCUGCAAUUUCCCGUUUGUAAUGCAAAAUGACUGAAAAUUGCAAACUUCGCAAGGCUCUAUUUUCCUCAUUUUACAACAUUUCGUAACAAAACUUUGGAAUAUUACUAAUUUUGUAAUGCUCUUUCAAGCUGUGAUGAAAUAUUUGUCUAGACUUGCCUAGAUCAAAAUUUUGGUUAUAAGGGGAAAGGUCUAUUGCUGACACAUUGAUUUAGAUCUACACGCUUUCAAUCCAACUCUAACGACGAACUAAAAACUAAACUGCAAGAGCGUGAAAGCUUUGCAAUCAUUUCCUGAUUCUCAAUCGCCAAAGCAAUGAUCAGUGGGUCUAAAUACGCUUGGUAGUCCAUAAUCAAAUUUCAAUAAUAGAUUAGACAACAUCAAUUUUAUGAAACAGAAUAUUCUUUAAAUUAGUUAUAUACAUGGAAGGUUAUAGAUUUUCUUUCUUUGGAAAAUCUGACAGGUUUAUGUAAACCUGUCAAACCUGUCUGAAUCCGCCCUGAUGUGAAUGUGCGAACGUGUGGUGCUGAUGAGCACAUGAACUUAUUUUUGUAAGUGUGUUUUACUUUUACAUUAAUUUGCUGCAAAAAAGCAUAUAUAGAAACAUGUUAAUUUUAAUAUUUCUAUCUUACUUAACAGUAGUUUAAUUUAGUGCAUUUAAGUUUUGGCAGGGACAGGGGGGGUGCACAUUUUUGUUGGGCGGGGGGUGCAAUUUCCCUGGAAUUGGGGGUGUGCACCCCCCAGAAAAUCCGUCCUUGCGUCCAGGUAUACACAAGAGCACAAAAGGCUAGUGAAGCCAGUCAAUGUCCCCUGGUCAAAACGUCCCCUGGUCAAAACGUCCCCAGGUCAAAACGUCCCCUGGUCAAAACGUCCCCAGGUCAAAACGUCCCCAGGUCAAAACGUCCCCAGGUCAAAACGUCCCCAGGUCAAAACGUCCCCAGGUCAAAACGUCCCCAGGUCAAAACGUCUCCUGGUCAAAACGUCCCCUGGUCAAAACGUCCCCUGGUCAAAACAUCCCCAGGGAGAGAACUUGUGUUAUUUAUAAAUCUAUACCAGAAUUUUCAAGAUUGGUGUCAGUCAAUACCUACUAUACCUGUUUUGAUAUCCAAAUAAACAGUAUUUCUAUUUUUUUGAUACUGGAAAUGAGUACUUAAAUUGUUAGGAUCGGUUACUUUCAACACCUGUUGGCAAGACAUGAUAACUUUUUUCUAUACAUGAUUUAACACAACCACAUACAUUUUGAACAUUAAAUUUUUUUAGUGGUUAUGGGUCUCCUUUUCAACCAAAAAGGUAGACUUUCCAAAGUCCUUUCCAUACGGUUUACACUAUUAAAGGAGUCUAAAAAUAAUAAUAAUUCUAUUCUCAGGCUUUUUUAUUGAACAAAUGUGUAUUAUAGAAGCAAACAGAGUAAACAAUGUAAAUACAAUUUUGUAGAACACAACAACCAUGUGAAAAUACACAAACAAACAUUACAUUGAGUAUAAAGUACAGGGUGUAGAAAUGAACUUUAAUAAUACUGUCACCGAAGAGACAUUUGAUGAUUCUAAAAUUUCCUCACUAGUUUUGGGUUUAAUUUGGGUUUCCUGAUCUCGUUGAGAAAACAACGCAUCUUUUUACUGGAUUUUGAACUCUAGCGACGUCUUCUCGUUGAUCACAAUCAUCACCUCUUUGCCUCCCCUUGGUUACAGUUGUCAGACUGAUUCUUUUCAAUAAGAUUAGCUUCUACUACGUUAAAUCGCUAGCGAACUGAAUCAACUUUCUUUAAUAAAGUAGUAUUCUUAUCAAUUACGGCACACAUUGUUAAUAGACAAACAACUGUCCAGAUUCAAUUGUCUUCCGAUGAUUCUCUUUACAUGCACUUGUUGAGUUGUUGUUGUUGAUACAUUAAUUAAACAGCUUUCGGCUCUUACUUGGAUCAGUUAUUUCAUUUCCACGCUCGAUGCAAACAGUUUCAUUCGAGGACAAAGAAAUAUGAAUUUUUGAGAAUGUUUUUGUGGCCGCGUUACAUUGGUGGCCAUUGACCCAUUGUCGGCGUGAAAUGGACAAGGUCACACCAUUUUUAUGUCAAAAUUAUUCGCGCCAAAAUUUUUAAUGCGAUUUAAAUUCCUGCAAGCAACACUAGUCGACCACUCGCGACUUCGUCGCUCGGGUCGCGCACUCCCUCCCCCGUGCUCUCCCUCCCCCGCGCUCUCCCUCCCCCAUGGUCGACUUGUGGCAAGUCUACCAAAAAGGGUGCAAGUAUCGAGCAAUACCCCAGCAGUAAUCGAUACCAGUCCCGCUGCAGUUUCUGGUAUCGAAUGCCAAGUACUCGGUAUCACCCAUCACCAGAAAGGAAGGUAUAGGGUAUUUACUGUGGACAGCUCUAUUGUUUAUUUAAGUUGAAUUUUGUGUAUUGUGAGAAAGCAGAGAGAAAACAGUUGAUAAUUGACAAAUCUAUUUUCAAAAAAAGUUUGAAAAGUUAAUUAGUAUACUAAACUUAAAUACGGCCUGAUUCGCCCCUUUUGUUUUGUUUGAUAUACCGCGGUAAAUAACUGGCAUAUUUACCCCAAAUUGCCACUAUACAGGGGAUAUAUGCCGGGAAGAUAUACAGUAUAUAAUCCCAGGGAUUAUAAUUUGCAGAGCAAUAACAAAGUCAAGCCCUUAAUCUCCGCGCGUAGAUAAAUGCUGUACAUCUCUAGACGAGAACGAGACUACCAGUCCAGGGUUCGCACAAAACCUGACUAAAGUCCUUGAAAAUCCUUGAAUUUGUUUGACAUUAAAAAACGGACACUCCGUUGAACCGAGCCGCCAACCCCCUAGAAAACCGUUUGAAAUUCAUUAAAGUUGCAAUUUGAACGGUUUAAGGUACACUUUACACCCAACGAUUAGUCGCGCUGAUUUCACGUUUUGCCGAUUUCAGGUUUUGCCGAAUGUUAAUGACGAAUGUUCUCAGUUGACCAUGUCUUGAUAUGAUGUUGACAGCGUAUUUUUCAAAUAUUUAAUUAAAGCUGAAUCGACCCGAUUAAUCGUGUGUAAACGUACCUUUAACGUCACUUUUUAACGCCUUUUCUCAGCCCUGUACUCCUUGAAUUUCUUGAUACAUGGCCUUGAAAGUUCUUGAAAAGUCCUUGAAUUUUACUGUUCCUAUCACCCGACACCUGGGGCCGGUUGUUAAAAUUUAACCCACUGUUUUAGUUUGCAUAUUUCUGCUUGUCCAUUUAUUUCAAAAUGUCAGAAAAUAAAACUUCUAUUGAUCCAGACAUGGUUUGUGAAGAAAUAUUUCCAAAUUUAUAUACAAGCUGUUAGGAAGUGUACUUUGAAUUUUAAGUUAACCUACGGUUAAGCUAAUCGGCUUUUGAACAACCAGCCCCAGAGGAUUAACAGUCAAAAUUCUCACAUGACUGCACUCAGCGAAUUUAUACAAAAAUAUUUGCUGCUUCCACUUGUGGGACUUAAAUGAUAACAAUUAAUGUGCAUGCUUGUCCACAUUAAAGCAUUUAAAGUGCGCAUGUUCAACCAGAUUCUACGUCCAACAAGCGUAAGAGCUGUUUUGGGAACAAAACCUCGCCAAUCGUGCCUCGCCUCGCCAGUCGAUUAAUUUUAAAAACACCCUUGGACGUAGGCUUUAAAGCCAGACAAACCCCUCGGAUUUAUCUGGCUUAAAGCAACACAACAGCUCGUUUGAAAUAUUACAAACUUCUUUACUUCACUUGCUUACAACGCGCCCAAACAGUUAAUUAUUCCAGCUGAAGGGCGGUGCUUGAUCAGGUGAGAAAACGUCAAUUUCAAUGGACCUGUCCACAGUCCCUCCGUUUCUGCUCUUUUGCGUCUCAGCCAGCACAAUACUUGAUAUCAUGCAUAGUGUAAGUGAAUCCAAGAAUUGUUUUAUUAUUUAUUCAAGCUGGGGUAGAAUAAUACUGAAUGAUGUUUUUGAAUAAAUCUUGUUAUCAAGGGGGUUUUGGCUCCACAGCAUGACUCCUCACAGGAAUAAUUUUCUUUUUUGGACCAAAAUUUGGCCAUCAAUGUAAAUAAUGUGACGGCAAUGGGGGACACGACGACACGUUGCAAAACGUUGGGGGGGGGGGGGCAAAUAUGGGCACCUUUUGUAUAUGGAAAUCUUAGUUCGUUAAACUUUUUUGCUUUAAAUUUCAUGCAAUCUGCGUACUAUAUAGCUUAAUUGAUAGCCUAUCAGACAAUGCUUUCAUUGUUGAAGAAUUAUAGGUACAGAUUUGUCACAUGGUGAAGUUGGGCGGUAUACAUACCGGUAUUUUUAGUUAUUCACGAUAUUUAGUUGAUACCGGUUUGGUUAAAUUACAAGAAAAGUUCACAAAUGAGAAAACAAUGUAUGUGUGCGUGAAAUAGCAUACAGUUCAGAUUUAACAAUUUAGAACAUCAAUUUUAGUAAAAUAUUGCAAACUUUUUUCAAUUAUUUUCUUAAAUGUUUGGGUUAUUGGGUGUCAAGUGUAUUUACUGUAGAGCACACAUUGCUAAAACUAUUGUAACAGUAUUUUUCAAAUAUCGUUACCAGUAUUAACCCUUUAAGUGGCAAUGCGCCCUACUUUGGUAUUUUACUAUGUUUAACGCCAGACGAUUUUACUCGUCAAGUGGAGAGUGCUGCCACUCAAUGGCUUAAAAUUCCAAUACCACCCAACGGCCAACUAUAUUAUAUGGUUACCGUAAGCCUCCGAAUAUAAGCCCCCCCCCCGAAUAUAAGCCCACUUGUUUAUCAGUAUUGUUUAUGACUAUUACCACUAUUAAUCACUAUUAUUACUAUGCUUAACACUUGUUUAUACUUGUUUAUCACUAUUACACUAACGCAAAAGAUCGUCCAUGCAAAAGCUCUAUAUAUAAGCCUCUCUGUAAGCCCAUCAAAAAUCGCUUACGAAAGAAUAUAAGCCCAGGGCUUAUAGUUGGAGGUUUACGGUAUUCGAUCAGUUAUUAUUGAAAGGCUUUCAGAAAUUAUCGGGGGCAGGGGUUGUUGUGACAGGAGUUACUGACCGAUCAAAACAAAGAAAAACUUUAAGUCUGUUGAUACUCUCUAAUUUGUCACUGAAAGAAUGAUUUAUUACUGAUGUCCUUGACUAUAAAAUCGUGUAGUUAAGCCCAGAGUAAAACCAUUAAAAUCUAAUUUUCUUCUUUAAUUUGAUAGAAAGCCCAACAUCUUCCAGUAUACUUAAGAGGUCCAUCAGAUCAAGCUAUCUACAAAGGACUGAUGACUUUAUCAGUUCUUGGAACUGGUUUGUCUGUUUGUACUAUAUAUGCCAUGGCAUCAGGAAGUUUAAAAAAGAAGUGACAUAUUUUAGUUCAUAUGCUUGUAGAGUAUAUUAAAUUUAUUUUGAAUUCUAUCAUACAGUAGUUAUUUGUGUUUAUUGUACAGUAAGGAAUUUACAUUCUGAAACUUGGGUUACAUCAGAUGCUCUCUUUCUAUUGAGAAUGGUAAUUGUAGAUUUGAAUGGCAAAAAUAGAGUUAAAUUGGUGUCGUGGAAUAUAAAGAAUAAAUAAACGUGAU